GGGAGGUGGCCGGCCGCCCGCCAUUUUGUUGCUGUGGCUCUCUGGAAGCUGGGUUGCAGCUGAGCGGAGAGGUUCGGCCGGGCGGGCGGCGGCGGCGCAGAACGAAGCCGCGGGGCCCGGGCCCCGGUGCGCGAUGGUGCGAGCGCGGCGGCGGUGGUGCCGCGGGCAGGGGGCGGGCUGGGGCCUCUGAUUAGGGGCGCGCGGGCGGCUGCAGCGGCAGCGCGGGGAGCGGCCCCUCGGCGGAGCAGCGGCGGCGGCCUGAGAUCGCCCGCGAGUUUCCGUAGUGGGCGCGCGUGCACGCGCUCCCCUUUCCUCUCUCUCUCCCCUUCGGCGCGUGGCUCCGGCGGCGGCCCCGGUCCCGGCAGCAGCUCCAGCCAUGGCGGCAGCGCGUUUCGACUCGUCGGAUCGCUCGGCCUGGUAUGUGGGGCCCGUGUCGAGGCAGGAGGCGCAGAGUCGGCUGCAGGGCCAGCGGCACGGCGUGUUCUUAGUGCGGGAUUCGUCCACCUGCCCGGGGGACUACGUGCUGUCCGUGUCCGAGAACUCACGCGUGUCCCACUACAUCAUCAACUCGCUUCCCACCCGGCGCUUCAAGAUCGGGGACCAGGAGUUCGAGCACCUGCCGGCACUGCUCGAGUUCUACAAGAUUCACUAUCUGGACACCACCACGCUGCUCGAGCCUGCUCCCAGGUAUCCAAGCCCGCCUAUGGGCUCUGCCUCAGCACCCAACCUGCCUCCCACAGAAGAAAAUGUGGAAUACGUACGGACUCUCUACGAAUUUUCUGGGAAUGACCCUGAAGACCUGGCAUUUAAGAAGGGCGAGAUCUUGGCCAUUGUGGAGAAGCCCGAGGAGCAGUGGUGGAGUGCCCGCAACAAGGAUGGGCAGGUUGGGAUGAUUCCUGUGCCUUACGUAGAGAAGCUUGUGAGAUCUUCCCCGCACGGGAAGCACGGAAAUAGGAAUUCCAAUAGUUACGGGAUCCCGGAACCCGCCCACGCCUAUGCCCAGCCUCAGACGGCGAAUCCUCUCCCUUCGGUCUCCAGUCCUCCUGGGGCAGUGAUGAGCCCCCUGCCCUCCACCCAGAAUGGACCUGUCCUGGCAAAAGCAAUUCAGAAGAGAGUCCCGUGCGCUUAUGACAAGACUGCCUUGGCCUUGGAGGUUGGCGACAUUGUGAAAGUUACAAGGAUGAACAUCAAUGGUCAGUGGGAAGGAGAAGUCAAUGGCCGCAAAGGGCUCUUCCCCUUCACACACGUCAAGAUCAUUGACGCUCAGAAUCCAGAUGAAAGCGAGUGAUUCCUGUUAGCCAUCGUAUGCUGCUGCUGCUGCUGCUUCAUGCUUUGGCUCUCAUUAGUAGCAUCCUCUGAAAUGGGAUUCCAUUCUCUCUCCCAGGCAAGCUAGGGAGUGUCGCCCAGCUCUCCAGCUUGCUUCAGUUUGACGGUUUCUUUCUGCACAUCUGGAAUGCACACAGCUGGCAGUCUUUGGGCAUCUGUAUCAUCACAGGAUUGACUCAGACUUAGCCAAUUGUCGGACCUUUUUGGAUCUUAAGCUGGAAAGCCCUAGUGGAAGCACACGGACAGGCAAAAACAUUGACGAGGAAGGAGUCUCUUUCCCCCACUCGGAUGCUCCCUUGGUUUUAUCCCAUCGAACUCACUUGGAGAAAGAAAGCAUUUGAGAAUUAUACUUGAACUGGGCCCAUAGCUUCUCCUCAGAGCAAUACUCACUGUGCCAUCUUUGGCUUUUUGGCCAGGGGAAAUGGUGGAACUCCAGGGAGAGGGGAGAAAUUCUGGCCUAUCCCAGGAAAGGCUGAAUCUGCACUUGGGAGAGGGCAAGGCACUGGCAUGUGCAUUCUGAACAGUCACUGAUGACAGGAAAGAACUAUUGAAGCCAAGGCCUGUCUUUAUAUGAUGUCUUCAUUGUAAAUGGUCGCCCGUUUUGCCAUGUGCUGAGCAACAAAAUCCUAUUUAAUUCCAUCUUUACUAGCACUGUAAGACCACACACACACACACACACACACACACACACACACACACACACACACACACACACACACACACACACGGAGCCAUUUUAUUUUAUUUUUUUGGUCUGCUUUCAAUGAAUGCCCAAGAACCAAUAGCAGCUUCCAUAAAUGAGAUUGUUUUCAGAACCUUGGAUGUGAGGCCACCUUCACAGUCUAUGUCCUUGCCCUUGGAAGGGGCUGGAGAGAGCAGGCCAGGCAGGCUCCAGGCUAUAUCUGGUCUGCGUUGUCACCAGCUGGGAGACAACUGGGGCUCCCUUUUGAGGCAGGCGCUUGGGGUCCAGGAAAGGCCGGGCAGGCAUUUUUCUUAAAGGAAGAACCGGUGGUCAGGUUAGCCGACCAGCCCCACCCAUGGAGCUUUGUUUUGUCCGAUUUUUAAAAGCCCCCAGAUCACUCAUGGCAAUACCACAAAGCAUUCAGACUCCAUGUUGGGAGAUUUUCACUUACUUACAGAAACACAGACUUUGAACGUCCUCCUUGAGGACCAACAGAGAAAGAGCCCCCUUCAGUAGUGAGUGGAUCGUGGGGCGGGCCCUCCCCUCCCCACAGCCCUUUUUAGCCUUUCUAUAUUAGUGUGUUCUGUGUUUUUGAGCCAAAGCUCUUCGGCUUACAGAAUGUUAGAACUGGAAGAGACCCAGCAUGCAAACCCCUCAGAUACAAGCCCAGGUCACUUUGACACACGAGGAAACCAAGGUCCACUGACUGGGCCCACAAGUCAGGUCUGCCCUCCUGCAACACACUGCCUCACUUAGUGACUGCCCACAUCUCCACAGGACGGAGGCUGCCCCAUGGAUGGGGCUUGUGCUCAUGAACAGAAGUUGACAAACUUGGGACUGCUGUGGGCCUCGAUGCGAUGCUCUGUCCAUGUGAGCACGACAACCUACUUCAAAAAUGCCUUCUCUUCAUCUAAUGAUUCCACAACUACUUGAAGCUACGUAGCAAUCUGUCCCACUGCAAAAAUGCCCAUUCUGCCAUUAACAUCCAGCCCAAAGCACAGGGGUCUUCGUCCGAUGGCCACCCCUUUUCCUGCCUUCACUGGUAGACUUGUCCAGGGCACACGUGCCAAAGAGGCCUCCUGACUGACCCUGGCAUUUGGGAAAGUGGGCGGGCCUGCUUGGCUCUUGUAAGACAGAACUAACGUGUAGGACUACACUUGGCUCCAUUUAGCGGCAGGACAGUCAGUCCCCUUCAAGAGCUAGGCAUGCUAGGGCCUGUUUUCCUUUGAACUUCUCUUCCUAGGACUGCUCUUGUCCUGUAUGGGCUGAUGUAGGUCACUGAGGCAUAGAUCAAAACAUUGGGAGGCCAAGGGACGCUCCCCGUAUUUAUUCUUUACACUAAAAUGCAUGGGUUCCCAGAAGGAAGGGUGCUGCUUAGGAAGCACACUCGAGAGUUCAAAGAGGCUGAUCCAAUAUCAAGGAAGAGAACACCAAACAGUCCCUUUGUUCUUCCCCUUUUAGAGUCCAAGGCCUUUAUGAUUGGACUGGGCUCUAGAGGAGAAGUGGGUCAGUGGAACGGAACAAGUUCUAGGUUCAGAUCUUACCUCUGCUGCUCUCUGGCUUGGUGACUUAAGAUGAGUCCCUUCCCCUUUUUGGGCCUUGGUUUCCUCCUCUGUAAAGUGAGGAGAUUGUACUGUUGAAGACCUCUUAGUGCCCCUUCUAGCUCUUCAAGUCUUCUUAGCCUGUGCUCCUAAACAGCUGCCCAGGGCGUGAAAGAGGGGAGCCCCCAUGCUCGACCCUGGCUGACAGGCUAGGCUUCCUGAAGGUGGGCAUCCUGGGUCCCUGCCUGCCCUGAGGUCUGUUCUCUGCCCUGGGAGGAUUGCAUGCGCUCCAUGGGCAGGGGUUUCCCCUUGAGCUGCUCCUCAUACUGUUUGCUCCCAUCCCUGCUUUGUCUUUGUCACCCCAAUCUUUGGAUGUCCUGCGAGCCACCGCUCUGGUCUGUUUGUCCUUUGGUUUUGCGGGCAGUCGGUGGGUCAUGAGGCCAUUUGGUUCAAUGCACUGUUAAGGGCUCAUGCUCCACCCUUGUUUUUCUGUCAUUCGCUGGAUUGUGCGUGUGGCUCCUGGGGUUUUCAGCCUCGGUUGCCUCCCUGGGCCCUGGAGAUGAGGUGGGCAGUGUCACCUGGCUUGGGUCAUUCACCCCAUGUGCCAGCCUUUGUGAUUCUGGGUCGGUCCAAAGGGGGCUGCUUCCCUUCUCUCCAGGCCCAUUGCUCCCUGCCUCCAUGCUCAGUCUCGUUCUCAACCACUUACAACUGGUCGGGUACUUUGUACAGACAGCCCCGGGAGGGCUGCCGCCAAGAUGAGAUUUCCUGAGUGCCUCCUGGGGAGGAGACAGCUGUUGACUUUGGUUUUAACCCAGUAUUCACGACUAACGCUUCCUGUCAUCGUGUGGAGAGAGCUGCCUGAGGUCUGGCUUAGGAAGGAGCAGAGGAGCCCAGGAGAAAGAAGCUCAUUGUGUGGAGCUCAUCCCAGGCUGCCACCACUUGUGCCUGAGCAGAAGAAGGAGCCACCCUCUGCGAGAGGGACAGCAGCCUCACUUCAGAGGCAGUGGUCACCGUGGUCUCCGGCCCCAGCAGGACACAUGACUCUGAACCUGUAACGUAAAAAUCAUGAAUUUCAGGCAAUAAUAUUUUCUCUGUAAGCUUUUAAAAUUAUUUUUGGGGGAUCAUAGCUUGUUUUAUUUUGUGCUAUAAAUUUAACAGUAUUAAAUGACUUCUAUUCUUAGAAUA